AUGUUUUCGCGACGUGCGUGUAGCGAGAGCGGUCCGCAUCCGAGUAUUCCGGGAUCCGGUCCGGUUGGAUCCGGUCAUCUUUGGAGUAAAAGGAAUCAAGGACGAACAUCAGCACCGGUCGUUGGUGAUGUCAAACAACCAGCCAUCAUUCUCAAAACUAGAAGAAGCUGGCCCGUUGCGCCUAUUCAGUGUAGAAGAUUAAAUUUCUUACCUUUGCAUUUGAGAGUGCGGAUAUGUCAUUCGUGUCGUUCGAGAACUCUUUAUAAGAACGACGGAAUCGGUGUCGAGGUGGGGGGCACGUGGUCUUGCUGCCUGCCGUGCGCCGGCGGCGGCAGGGGUGGGGGUGGCGGUGCUGUCUCGGGGGCCACCCCCCAGGCCAAGAAGGGCGCCGCUUCGACAUUUAAGCAUCAACAACAAUAUCACCAACAGCUUCAGCAGCAACAACAUCACUACCAACAUCACCACUCUCAGCAACAUCACCAAAAACAACAGCAGCAGCAACAGCAGCAGCAGCAACAACAACAACAACAGCAACAACAACAUCACCGAAAGGAUUCCGAUUCUGAUAAGAAAUCGUCCCAGCAACAAAAAAAUCUGGAUCAACAGAAGGGUCAACAAAAACAAAUUGCUUCCACGGUGGACUCGAAAAAUCGUGCACCACUCGGUGGACUCGAUGAGGAUCUCGACGAUCUCGACGAUGAAGAGGAAAAGGAGUGUGAGCUGAGAAACGAGGAAGAAGAAUUCGGAAAAGAUGGUGGGACUCAACACAGACUGAGCCCAAGAUUACACGACAUCGAAGAAGAGGACGAUGAGGAGGGUCGAAACACGCGCGAGAGGCCAUACCAGAAGAAAUCACCAACGCCAAGUGGCGGCGGGGGUGGUGGUAGCAGGACGGGCUGGCGUUCUCGCAGGAGCGUCACUACAGCGGGUGCCCCAGGGCACCAGCACCAUGUGAUUGCCAGUGCCGCUGCAACGGCGCAAGCCAGGAUGCAGGCCGAACAGGGGAGUAUAGGCGAGCUCAGGGGUUACCACAAUCUGCGAUCGCGCAGACAUACCUUGGCGAAUGUACGGUAAGUUCACAAUAUAAUA